AGAAUGAAGUUCAAGGAAAAAUGGCAGCUGGAAGCCUGGUUUCACUUUGGACGUGGCAGAUAAGAAGGCUUCAUGACACAUUCAAUCAACUGAAAUCUUUCCAGGCACUGGAGCACAAACCAUCCAGAGUGACAAAUGAAAGUGAGCAAAAUGCUGGAAUGGCCCUGGGCUGAAUGAACAGACACGGAGCAAGGCUGGGCUGGAGCCUGGAAGGAUCUCAGCUUCCAGAAGGAGCAACCUGGCUGUGCCACCUGCAAUGCUGGGAGCCAGGGAUAUCUAACACCACCUCAGAUGGCUGCCUGCAGCCUGGCACUGGCACUGCAGCUCCUGCUGCUUCUCCAGGACAUCCAGACAUCCCUGCAGACAUCAUUAACCCCAUCUCAUUCCUGUGACACACGUGGGAAUUGGUUCUAUGAUGAAACUUCACAAAGCUGCUGUUACCAGUGUCCCUCAGGCUCUGUUAAAAAGAAAGCUUGUCCUGAGAACCCAGCUGCAGACUGCAUGAGGUGUGGGCCUGGGCAAUUUGUGAACACAGAAGUCUCGAAGCUACGAUGUGAUGCCUGUGUCUUAUGCAAAACAGAACUCGACCUUGUGGAGAAGGAGCCCUGCUCCUUCAACUCCAGCAGUGUCUGCGAGUGCAGGCCGGGCCUGUUCUGCCAAGAACCCCUCCUCCCUUACACCUGCGCCCGGUGCCGGCCCCACACCACCUGCCAGCCUGGCUUUGGGGUCCGAGUCAGAGGCACCUCAACACGGGAUGUCACUUGUGAAGAGUGCCCUGCUGGGACCUUCUCUGACCAAAGCUCCAGCACUGACAGCUGCAAGCCCCACACGGACUGUGCCAAGUUAAACAAAGUGGCACUAAGCCAAGGAAAUGCCACACAUGAUCAGGUUUGCCUGGACCAAUCGCACACCUAUCUCACCCAAAGCCCUUUGUCCACGAGAUUCAGCAAUGAAACAAAUCACUCUGACCCAAGGAGCCUUGAGGAGAGCCUGGUGACCAUUGCUAGUGGUGACCUUCUAAGUGCCACGACAACUGAAAACCCCAGUUCAGCUCCUGAGGAGAAAGAUCUGACUGGCACUUUUCCCACCUCAGCCAAGGGGGAGAUGACAAUGGGAGGUGUAGUGCUUUGGGCAGUGGUUCUCUGUGUGAUAGUGCUCCUUGGGGCCAUGCUGUUUUUUUGGAAAUGGAAGGUUUGCAAGAAGCGGAUCCUCGUCCUCAAAGGAAAGCCCCAUCUGCAUUCUGUCAUCGCACACAAAUACGGCCUCAAACCGCCAGGUUCUGACCUAGGGGACAAAUGUGCAAAGCUCCCCCUGACCACUGGGAGUGGGCCAGAAGAGGAAUUAAUUGGCAGAACCCUCCCUUUGGAAACCAACAAUAACUUGGUCUCCAGCACAGAAAAAACACAGAGUCCCCAUCGGGGUGUGGCUGAGGUGACACCCAGCAGUGGGAGUGGCCCAGAUUGUCCUGUGGAUUCUCGAGUCAGAGACCACACAAACAACAGAAUUGAAAAGCUCUAUAUCAUGAAGGCCGACACUGUUAUCGUGGGGUCCAUUGCAGAAGUGGCCGGUGGCAAAAACUGCGCUGCCAGAGGGUGUGAAAGCAACACUGACGCCCAGGAAACCAUGGAAGAGGAACUGGGAAUGCACUACCCAGAGCAGGAAACAGAGUCCUUUCCAGGGAAUGAUGUAAUGGUUCCCGUGGAAGAGGAGGGAAAGGAAUUCCACCACCCCACCACUGCCACAGAAAAGUGACAACCCAUGGAGGUGAUGAGCUCCAGGAACAUCCAGUGUUACACUAAGUCUGAUUCUGUGACAAGUGCCUUGGAUUGUUGGGAAGCUCCUGGAAAACACUGAAACACACUCAAACAAGGAGAGCUAGAACCUCCUUCAUCUACCAAAUGACAGGAGUAUCCAAACUGUUUGCCUUCAUAGCUGACGUCAAAUAUUCCUCUUUCCCUCUCUCUCCCAGUAUUAUGCUGGAAACAAAUUUGAAUCAAAGCUGCACAAUUUAGAGGACAUCUGGAUGUCAGCUGAAGUUUCACAGCUUGCUUUCUCUGCAUGAAGGAAUGGAUUGAAAUCUGUGUCUGGCUACUUCUAUUAGCUAUGAAAAUUCUGGCCAGGAUUCUGAGUCAAGCUUGAGAUUCAGCCAUGGAUGUCGUUGAACAGGUUGUUUUACUUCCAGUACUUCCAAAUUUGUCACAUAUUUGGCAACAUCUGCAUUUUCUUAAGGCCUCAACUCUUGACUGAAAGUGAUGACAACGGCAGUUUUCCCGAGCACAAACAACUCUCAGGGUUGUGGACUUCAUGUUUUUUGAGGAAAUAGGAUCAAAAGGUGCCACACAGGCUCAGAAAACGGAAGGAAAAUAAAACUAAUUGAAGUCCACUAAUUGAAC